GGUCGGUAGGGUCGAGGAGGUAUGUCCGGCCGGGAUGUGAUAGGUAGGUGAAGGGCCGUGAAAUUAGGUAAGUGAAUAGGCCAUUGGCAGACAUGUGAACGGGUAGAUGCUAAGACAUCUAUCUGAUCCCUCCUCUCUGCACAUCACUGUCUCUCCCCCUCCCUCCUUUACUCGCUUACACCUCUUCCGCCUUCAUCUCCACUCCGCACUCUCUCGCUCUUUCUUCUCCACCCCACACUCUCUCUUCUCCGCCCCUUUCUGCUCUCCACCCCUCUGCUCCACGCCUCUCUGUCUGUCCUCCGUCCGCUCCCUUCCCCCGGCCCGUCUCCGCAGACCCACCCUCUCUUCCCCUUGCCCCGCUCCUCUCUCCACUCUCCAUUCUCCACUCUCCGCCCUCCACACCAACACCGCACUUCCCCCGCGCCCAUUCGUCCCGCUCUCCCCCUCUCCUCUUCAACGCCAACACCAACAACAUCAACUCGUCUAUCUAUCUACCUAGACCAACCCAAAAGCAGCAGACUCAACCCAACCGACACGAACCCUCCCACCUUCCGCAUCGACAUCGACAUCGACACCACCCAGGCAAUACCAAGACCCAAGACCGCAGCCAAGCCAAGCCGCACCCCCUCGGCACCCUACCCCACCACG